GACAGCUGAUUGAAGUGACAGCAGAAUCAUAAUAGACCAUAACGGUAUUUAUUAUUUAUAUACUUGUUACAAUAUUUUAUUAAUGUCGUUGUUGUGCUGUGAAUUGUGGUUUGUGAGAGCUUGUUUUCAUGUUUUCUAAGGGUCCAUUUUUUGCUAUCGGCUCGAUUUUCCGUUAUAGCUGAAGACCUGACCUGAACCCAGUGGCCCGUGUUCAGCGUAAAAUAUCCUGCAACGCAACUCUUUGUUGGAUCCACAUCUAAAUUAGGAACGACUGGACAUAUCGUAUGAACUCAGACUAUCAGGAUUAUCAUUUGGAUACAUUGGGAAAAACUUUGUGGUUUUUCUUAUGCAGAGUAGUAGUAAUAUGAUGAGGCAGCUUUAUUUUAAAUUUCCUGACAAUCCGUCCAGGUGCUAAAGAGCGUGGAUUUGACUGUGACGACAGCCAGUAAUACGGAGCUCCGUUGUAUUCCCCCUGGCUGAGAUAAUGAAUUUACGAUCUGUAUGCUGAGAAUUUGGUUUUUCGGAAUUACGUUGUCGCAUAGCCCAUAGGUGGUAGAGCGCUAAUCGUGCAACUGCAGCAUGACGGCGUUUACGGGCACCUUGAAGCUGCGCAUCGUGGAGGCGACGGAGCUGAAGCCGACCGAGUACGCGAUUCGACUGCCUGGCACCAAGAAGACGACUCUGGAUCCCUACGUGUCCAUCGCCAUCCAGAAGGGCCAGCCCGAGUGCUUCAAGACCACCACCAAGUCCAAGACCUGCACGCCCGUGUGGAAUGAGGAGUUCUGCGCGGAGGUGCAGGGCGGCCAGGCGCUCAGUCUGGCCGUCUUCGAUGAUCGGCCACUUCCGCCCGAUGAGUUUGUCGCCGACUGCACCAUAGCCUUCGAUGACAUGAUCGGCCAGACUGUUUCCGAUGUUUGGUUCGAACUGGAACCAUGUGGUAAAAUACAUAUUGUUAUGGAACUUUUGGGAAAGAUAUCUGAUGUUGCUGACGGUAUCCAUUCGACUACCAUGGCAUCUCCUCGAGUUUUUAAGGAACGACAGGGAGUGCUCAUCAAGCGUCGCGGUGCUAUGCGUCGACGUGUGCACGAAAUUAACGGUCAUAAAUUUAUGGCUACAUUUCUUGGACAGCCAACGUUUUGUUCGCAGUGCAAGGAGUUCAUUUUUGGCGUUUUCAAGAAGCAAGCGUACCAGUGCCAAGUGUGUACCUGCGUUGUGCAUAAACGCUGCCAUGAAUCUGUGGUCUGGAAAUGUCCUGGCAUGAAGGAGUCUGCUGUAGAAGAUACCUCUUCGCCACGGUUUAAUAUGAAUGUACCGCAUCGUUUCACGUCGCAUAAUUACAAACGCCCGACCUUCUGCGACCACUGUGGCUCGUUGCUGUAUGGAUUCAUGAAACAGGGAGUGCAGUGUGAAACUUGUGGAUUGAAUGUGCAUCACCGGUGUAAGAAGAAUGUGGCCAAUAAUUGUGGAAUUGAUACGAAAGCAAUGGCAGCUGUUCUCUCGGAGAUGGGUCUGCGACCGAAUGCUUCCACCAGAUCCCAAAGCGUCAGGACGCAAUCAGAUGGACGCAAGAUGGUUCCUCGGCAAAUAUCCGCUGGUAUUCCUUCCACCGAUGAACACGCACUUGCAAGUCUGGAAAUUGCCAAAAAGCUUGCUGGGCAGAAUAUCAGAGCGACAGGAAACUUUGGGUUGCCGGAUUUCAAAUUUUUAAAAGUACUCGGAAAGGGCAGCUUCGGAAAGGUUAUGUUGGCCGAACUGGUGAACAAAUCACAGUCCAGCGGCGGUGAGGAAGAAUAUUACGCCGUGAAAGUUCUGAAAAAGGACACCAUUAUUCAGGAUGAUGAUGUGGAUUGUAUUAUGACCGAGAAACGUAUUUUGGCUAUGUCGGCUCGAUACCCCUUUCUCACUGCACUUUACUGCUGCUUUCAGACGCCCGAUCGCUUGUUUUUCGUCAUGGAAUACGUGAACGGUGGAGAUCUGAUGUUUCAAAUUCAGAGAGCCCGCAGGUUUGACGAACCGCGAGCUCGGUUCUACUCUGCAGAGAUAGUUUUGGCCUUGAAAUUCCUCCACAGCCACGGAGUAAUUUAUCGUGACCUCAAGCUUGAUAAUAUUCUUUUGGACAACGAGGGUCAUGUUAAGCUGGCAGAUUUUGGGAUGUGCAAGGAGGGCAUAGCCGAUGACAAUUUGACAUCCACAUUUUGCGGAACGCCGGAUUACAUUGCCCCAGAGAUUCUGCGAGAAUUGCAGUACGGCGCUUCGGUGGAUUGGUGGGCGAUGGGUGUUCUGAUGUAUGAAAUGAUGGCUGGACAGCCGCCUUUUGAGGCGGAUAACGAGGAUGAUUUAUUUGAAUCCAUACUCAACGACGCUGUUUUGUAUCCUGUAUGGUUAUCCCAAGACGCAGUUUCCAUUCUGCGAGACUUUAUGACAAAAGAUCCAGCUAAGCGUCUGGGAUGCAUCCAGGCUCGAGGUUACGAACAGGAAGUUCUUUUGCAUCCGUUCUUUCGGGAUAUUGAUUUCGAAGCACUUGAACAGCGCAAGAUUAAACCACCCUUCAAACCUAAAAUUAGAUCAAAGCGGACUACAGAGAAUUUUGAUCCGGAAUUCACAAGGGAAGAUGCCGUCUUGACGCCCAUUGAUUCGACCAUAGUGCAGGGCAUCACUCAGGAAGAAUUUGUCGGAUUCUCCUUUAUCAAUAUCGAUUUUCUGAGCGAUAACAACCGGAGCUCCGUGGUUAGCAGGGGGUCAGACAACAUUAACUUAACGAACAUUUCGAACGGUAAUUUAAUGCAUCCACCACGCUGAUUCCUGUUAAACUGGUUUGUUUGGGAUUCACUCAAAGAAUCUACUAAAUUUUCGCACUCGGCAUCUUUCUCGACCGCCGGAAGUAUUGCACUUAUUUAGCCAAAUCGGACAAAUGUUCCGGAUAACCGUCCAUCGAUUUAUUUUACGUUUGCUGCUUUGCACAGCCGUUGUCACCAGGACCGAUUCCAGUACGGUUAUUUGUUUGUUAUUUUGCAUGAAAGGUCUUGCCAUUUAUCCGCUGCUAGCCAUGACUCCGCCAGUUUACUUACCAAAACGAUAUCGACUGAUUUUACAAUGCUCUUUUUAAUUUUUUAUUUGAUAUAGAUUUUUUUUAUUUUCCCGGUUGCCAGUCGAGUUUGAGCAUACCUGAAGAAAUGUUUUAUACAGUAGAUUGUUUAAUGCCUCUGCUGAAAACGAAUGGUCUGUCUUCUUUCCUUCAAACCUUUGUGCAGUAUUCUGCAUGUGGCAGCUGUCUUGUAUCCGAGUUUUUGUUAUAUUUUUGCGCUUUACAUUGAUGUGAACAUUGAAUAUUUAUUGUGUGGUUCGAAAUUUGCUUGGUAUAAAUUGCCUGGCAAGUCGGAAAAAGUAUGAAGGUUUUGGGAGAGGCACGAGAAUAAAU